AUGCAUGUUUCUAGAAUUGGCCUCGUGGCCAUCGCGGCUGGAGUUGCAUCUGCGAAGACUUGCUACGACAUGACCGUGCAAGUCCCAGUUACAGCCCGGAACGGGGUGUUCGACAAGAUCAGCACCCCCCAGACAAAUAUUGACGCUACUGCUUUCGCCCUCCACGCAAGUACGCAGGCUGCCAAUGUGACAGCGGAUGCCUUGUCUGGCUAUGCCACUGUCUCUGGGCUCUAUGACAUCUCCGCCCAGUACUGUAUGCCCGACAAUGUCGGUGACAGCGUUCAUGUACUUCAAAUCCUGACCCAUGGAAUGGGCUUUGACAAGAGCUAUUGGGACCUGCCCUAUGAGAACCACAACUACUCCUACGUCGACCAUGCUUUGUCCCGGGGCUAUCACACUCUAGCCUAUGAUCGACUUGGCCUCGGCAAAUCCUCCCACGGAGAUGCGAAGAACGAGAUCCAGUCGUUCUUGGAACUCGAGGCCCUGGCCCAGCUUACCCGGAUGGUGCGCGAGGGUUCCAUAUCUGAUUCAUGCAUCAAGCAGCCCUCUAAGAUCGUCCAUGUUGGCCAUUCCUUCGGAUCGGCCCAGACAUACGGCUUGACAGCCAAGUACCCCGAUCUGUCUGAUGGAAUCAUUCUGACUGGAUUCUCAAUGAAUGCCUCCUUCAUGGGAAUGUUCAUUUCCGGUGCCAACUUCCAGCAAGCUCGAUUCAACAAACGCCAGGAAUCAGACUACAGCGCUGGAUACUUCACCAGCGGCGACAUUGGCAACAACAUGUACCUCUACUUCGCCCCUGGACACUUCGACAUGGAUCUUCUUGCCUUCGCCGAAGCGACUAAGCAACCGUCCACCAUUGGCGAACUUUUGACCGUCGCCAGCAUGGCGCCUCUGAACAAGUUCGCUGGCCCCGUGUACAUCAUCAACGGCGACAAGGACAUCCCCUUCUGUGGAGGUGACUGCUUUGCCACUGGUGGUGCUGCAGAGUCUAUUCCUGCGGCUGCAAAGGCGGUCUUCCUCUCGGCCAGUGCUUUCUCUGCCUAUAUCCAACCAAACACCGGCCACGGCAUCAACCUGCACCACAACGCCACUGGGGCCUACCAGCAGAUCCAUGAUUUCCUGGCGACACAUGGAUUAUAG